UAAGCAAAAGUUAGGGUUUCAUUAGGUUUCAUUCAGCUUUGUUUCCUUUUCUUUAUUUUCCAAAUCCUUCUUACUUUUGUGAUUAGGAAAAGAGAAACAAACAGAGAACUAUGGCAAUUUUCUCCACUCAUAACCCAAGUGUUUUUGUAUUUGGUAUUCUAGGCAACAUUGUCUCCUUUGUGGUAUUUCUAUCCCCAGUACCAACAUUUUUUAGGGUUUACAAGAAAAAAUCAACAGAAGGGUUUCAAUCAUUUCCAUAUGUGGUGUCACUAUUUAGUGCUAUGCUUUGGCUAUACUAUGCUUCACUCAAGACCGAUGCUUUACUUCUCAUUACUAUCAAUUCAUUCGGUUGUCUGAUUGAGACCGUUUACAUCACACUCUUCAUUACUUAUGCAACCAAGCAAGCUAGGAUGUUGACUUUGAGGAUACUAGUUUUGCUGAAUUUUGGAGGAUUCUGCUUGAUUCUUCUUCUUUCCCACUUCCUUGCAAAAGGAUCGGGACGGGUUACAGUUCUUGGAUGGAUCUGUGUGAUAUUUUCUGUUAGUGUAUUCGCGGCACCUUUGAGCAUAAUGAGGCUAGUGAUUCGAACGAAAAGUGUAGAGUUCAUGCCAUUUUACCUAUCAUUUUUCCUGACUCUCAGCGCAAUUAUGUGGCUGUUUUAUGGACUACUGUUAAGGGAUUUCUAUAUUGCAAUACCAAACAUAGUAGGAUUUAUAUUUGGGGUGCUCCAGAUGAUUCUAUACGUAAUAUUCAAGAACAUGAAGAUGGCGGUCGAUGAGCAAAAAUUAGCAGAAGUAGAGAACGUUGAAAAUGUGAAACUGAGUAUCAUCUGCGAGGUUCAACAAGAAAACGUAAGCCACAAGCCAAAUAGUAAUGAUGAGGCUAAUGAAAACGGUGAGCAGAAUAAAGAAGAGAAAAUGCAUGACAACCAAGCAGAUUAUGAACGUCAUAUGGCGAUGGAUGCCUCAAACUCAGACCAAUCAAUUGCAUGCCAAGUAUAGUUUUUAUGUGCCUAUAAUAUAACUCCUCUCUGUCAUGAUCUCUCCAUUUUCAAUUACAUUUUAUAUCUGGCUACUACGUGAUGUAAAAUUUGUAAAGCAUAGCCUACUUUUAUAGUAUUCUCUACUUUUUCUUGUAAGCAAAUAGAGAUGGAGGUGGAAUAAUAUUGUAAUUAUCCUUC